GACGCGGGGGGAGGGGGGCGGCGGGAUGUGGGGUGGGGGCGGGACCUGGCCAGGCGCCGGGACCGGAGGAGUCCCGGCGGCGCUUGGGACUUUUGCUCCCACAAGCCCUGCCUCGGAGGCGGGGGAGCUGGACCAGGAGCCGCCCGGAGCCUCUGAGUCGCUGCCGUCGGGGCUCCCGCGCUCCCCAGAACGGUGGGACGCGGGGCUCCGCUGCCGCCAACCGAACAUGGCGCCCUGCACGCUGUGGCGCUGCUGCCAGCGCGUCGUGGGCUGGGUGCCAGUGCUCUUCAUCACCUUCGUGGUCGUCUGGUCCUACUACGCGUACGUGGUGGAGCUGUGCGUGUUUUCACUCUUGUUGCCAAGGGUAGAGUCCAGUGGUGCGAUCUCGGCUCACUGCAACCUCCUCCUCCUGGGAUCAAGCAAUUCUCCUGCCUCAGCCUCUCAAGUAGCUGGGACUACAGUUACUAUCUUUGGAAAUGAAGAAAAUGGAAAGACCGUUGUUUACCUUGUGGCUUUCCAUCUGUUCUUUGUUAUGUUUGUAUGGUCCUAUUGGAUGACAAUUUUCACAUCUCCCGCUUCCCCCUCCAAAGAGUUCUAUUUAUCCAAUUCUGAAAAGGAACGUUAUGAAAAAGAAUUCAGCCAAGAAAGACAACAGGACAUUUUGAGAAGAGCAGCAAGAGCUUUACCUAUCUAUACCACAUCAGCUUCAAAAACCAUCAGAUAUUGUGAAAAAUGUCAGCUGAUUAAACCUGAUCGUGCGCAUCACUGCUCAGCAUGUGACUCAUGUGUUCUUAAGAUGGAUCAUCAUUGUCCUUGGGUGAAUAACUGUGUUGGAUUUUCAAAUUACAAAUUCUUCCUGCUGUUUUUAUUGUAUUCUCUAUUAUAUUGCCUUUUUGUGGCUGCAACAGUUUUAGAGUACUUUAUAAAAUUUUGGACGCUUUGCCGCAGGAAAUCUACAGAGAGUUGUCCAAAGAAUGAACUGACAGAUACACGUGCAAAAUUCCACGUCCUUUUUCUUUUCUUUGUGUCUGCAAUGUUCUUCAUUAGCGUCCUCUCACUUUUCAGCUACCACUGCUGGCUAGUUGGAAAAAAUAGAACAACAAUAGAAUCAUUCCGCGCACCCACAUUUUCAUAUGGACCUGAUGGAAAUGGUUUCUCUCUUGGAUACAGUAAAAAUUGGAGACAAGUCUUUGGUGACGAAAAGAAAUAUUGGCUACUUCCAAUAUUUUCAAGCUUGGGUGAUGGUUGCAGUUUUCCAACUCGCCUUGUGGGGAUGGAUCCAGAACAAGCUUUUGUUACAAACCAGAAUGAGUAUGCCAGAAGUAGUGGCUCAAAUCAGCCUUUUCCUAUCAAACCACUUAGUGAAUCAAAAAACCGCUUGUUGGACAGUGAAUCUCAGUGGCUAGAAAAUGGAGCUGAAGAAGGCAUCAUCAGAUCAGGGACAAAUAACCAUGUAACAGUGGCAAUAGAAAAUUGAGUACCACUUGUUCAUAACUAACCAUUUGAAUAAGAGCAAGGUGUAUGAAAACAUUUAUAGACUGAUAUUUUCAAUUUCAUUUGUAAGAAAAUGAUCAGUGGAAUGAAAUAAUUGAAGUAUAACAGAAGAUAUAUUUUUAAAAAAAGAAAAGCCUUUGUACAGUUCCUGGGAUUUACAGAAGCAUUACUCCAGAGCAGAACGAUGCCUUAAUCUUAAGUGUUCAUUUGUGCAGCAUUGACUUAGAGCUACAAAAGUGACUUAAUGUUAUUCUGGAAAUAAUACUUACCUGUUAUGAGAUGCUAUAAUAUGAGCUGUCAUCACAUUUUAAUAUGCAUAUGUAUUUUUUGAUACCUGAAUUACAUUAUUAGAAUUGUUAAUAUCCAUAUAAAUUUUCACUCUGAAAACACAAGCUAAAAAACUUUUCUUAAGUAAAGUACUUAGGGCAAAUGGUGGCUGAGGGCGAAUAAUAUCCAAAUUACUGUUGCUUAUACUGUAUAAGGAAAACUGCUUUUUUAAAUUGGGUAUUUGCUAAUUUAUAAUUACUAUUUUAUACUUUUCAACAUUUUAAUAACUUUUUUUAUCGUUGGCUAUAACAGAAGGAUUCAGAUAUCUAAAUAUCAUUUAGAACAUACAACACAUUGGUCUAACUCAUCAAAAGCUUAGUUAUAAGCAUUAAUACAACCAUGUAGUAUAGCAUGUGCUCAAGGCUUAAAGGGAACUUGGCAGUAUAAGAAAUACUUUGAGUUCUCUGCUUUUUUAAUAACUUUUUUUGUUGAACUUUCAGGGGUAAGUACAUGGGCAGAGAAACACAAAGGUACAUAUGCUGGAGAAAUACUGGACACGGUAGGAAGAAGUGUUAAGUGUCCAGAAGAAAAGCUAAGAGGAAUACUGUAAUCUGUUAAAAAAAAUUAGAGUUUUAACAGUAGUUAGAAUAGAGCAUGCUAUUGACUUGACUUUCAAAUUUCAGUACUAAAAAUAUAACUUUUUAUAGUAAUCAUGUAACAGCUUAAACCGUGACUUAAAAUGCAGUUCAAAGUAGGCAAAAAACAACUACAACUUUAGAUUAAUUUUUCCUCCUGGCUGUCACAAAUUCUAACCUGAGUGAUCAUUUACAUUCCUAGUCUCUGAGAAGUAGAUUCUACUCUUAGAUGCACAAUCUUAAGUCUGACUUACUAACAGCAACCCCUUUCUGACUAGACACAUGUCUCCUUUUUUUUAUAAUCUAAGUGACAGUUGUUGCAUUAACUCCAAAGAAAAGUACAGAAUAAACAGUGUAGAAAUGUUACUUCUUAUUUAUACCAUUUAGUCACAUACACACACAUACUCUCUCUCUCAAAUAAUUGAUUGCUUCCAGUUAAUGGGUAGAGAUGAAUCUCAGCAGCAUCUAUGAGUACUACAGUUGGAGUUUCCUGUCUGUAAAAUGGGACUGCAGGGGAGGGGUGUUGUGAAUGAGUUAGAAUGGAUGACUUCUAACAUUCUGCGAUGUCUAAUUUUGCAAAAUCACUUUUAUUCACUCUGUAUUUUUAUUUUUUGAGACAGUCUCGCUCUGUCUCCCAGGCGGGAGUGCAGUGGUGCAAUCUCAGCUCCCUGCAACCUCUGCCUCUUGGGUUCAAACAGUUCCCCUGCCUCAGCCUCCCAAGUAGCUGAGAUUAUAGGCUCAUACCACCAAGCCCGGCUACUUUUUACAUUUUUUACCAUGUUGGCCAGGCUGGUCUCAAACUCCUGACCUCAAAAAUCCACCUGCCUCAGCCUCUCAAAGUGCUGGGAUUACAGGCAUGAGCCACCACGCCUGGCCCCAGUAAAUUUUUUGGAGUACCUCAUAUAUGCUAAACAAUACACUAGGGAUAGCUCCAUCAUUUCGUAGUACAGCAUAAAUUUUAUGGUUUCUAUUGUAGUUUUAUAAUUUGUAAGAGUGAUCUAAUUUCCAUCAUCCAUACUAAUAUUAGAUCUUAAAAGGAGGUACCCUUUUUCUCUGAACCAAAAGAAUGAAAACAUAGUUUGGAAUACUAUAGUAUGGAUUCUUCUACCUUUGUUUCAACUCCUUAGUCUUAAUAAUCUUGAUUCUAGCAAACUGGAAUGAGAGGUAAGAGGUAUCAAUUAUUGCUGGGGCGUGGUGGCUUACCCCUGUAAUCCCAACACUUUGGGAGGCUGAGGCUGGCAGAUCACUUGAAGGCAGGGGUUUGAGACUAGUGGCCAAAAAGGCAAAACCCCAUCUCUACUAAAAAUAUUUUUAAAAAACUGUCCAGGCAUAGUGGCACAUGCCUGUAGUCCCAUCUACUUGGGAGACAGAGGCAGGAGAAUCACUUGAACCUAGGAGGCGGAGACUGCAGUGAACUGAGAUCAUGCCACUGCACUCUAGCCUGGGCGACACAGAGUGAAAAUGUGUCAAAAAAAAAAAAAAAGAUCAAUUACCAAGUGAAAACUUAACUUCAUUUUGGCAGUUUGCAUAUUAUAAGGAGAUAAAUGUUUAAACAUACUUGACUACUUUCAGAAAUGUUCUCCUUGUACUUUUUGUGUUUUUACAUUCAGAUCAAAAGAUUUGCGUGCUCCUGGCUAACAGCCAAGGAAACUUCUUUCUUCACCAUUAUACAAAUAGUCUUAGUUCUUUGCAUUUUUGUUAUUUAACAUCAUCUUUAGUAUAAUAGCACAGCAAACAUCUUUUCAGAAAUUUUCAAUUAAAGCCUUUAAAUUAUUUAUCUUUGAUUUAAUCCACAGCCAACAUUUUGCCACAUUCUAAACAUUAUUUAGCUGAACUGAUUUAUAUGUAUUAAUGGCCAUUCUAGCAAGGGCCUACUAGUGGUGUGGGAAUCAGAGAAAGGCUGCCUCUUUGGUAUCUCAACUGCUAUUGAUUAUUGCUAUCAACUAUUUGGGGAGAAAAAAUCAAAAUGAAGCCCUGUCAAAUUUUAUAAGUACUAUCUUGGUCCUUCAAACACUUGAACAUUUGUGAUGACAUUUAAGAAAAAUAAAGUUGAAGUUCAGGUCUUGCCAUUGCCAUUAAAAAUGAAUUAGACAGGAGACUUGGUUUACCUGGGAACAAAUUUACUUGAACAUUCAAUACCUAAAGCUAUGCCAAACCAAAGAGCAGCUACAGUACAUUAGUUUAUUUUAAAUGAACAAGUUUACAAAGUUUAAUUUCAUCUUUACAUAAGGAUGCUUUUUUAAAAACUGUUUUUACAUAUUAGUGGUUAUGAUCCAGUGUGUCAUGAGUGAAUUUAACUGUAAGGUGGUUUAAAUCAAAUAUGCAAUGUUUACUUGAAUUCUAUUUCAUUUAGAAAGCAGAUUUUGACUAUGUUUACUGGACUGUUUAAAGAUUAUCAGGCAUGUGAGAUCUUCUUUCAGUUAUCUUUAAAGCAGAUGUAUAUUAAGAGCUUAGAUUUAGGAUCUACAUAUUCUGGGCAUUGAAUAGGCAGUAACUUACAAAUAAGUUUUGCUUAUCUUUUGUUUAGGGAUUAGCACUGCUAUCAGUGGAAAGUAUUUUUAACUAAUCUGUUAUUAAGAAAGUCAUAUUUUUGCAUUUCAGCCAAAAUAAAGACCGUAUCUAAUAAUCUGUUAGAAACAGAUAAUAUAUGUCUGAAAUCCAUAUGUUUCAUAUGAUCUAACUAUAUUUUCUGAUUUAAAUUAAAAAUGUAAUAUAGAUUCAGAAAGGUUCAUAUUUUUCUAAUGACUUCAUUCUAUAUUUUGUUGGGUUACAUAAAGAAGCAAGGAAUUGUACUUGUAUUAAAAGAUGAAGAAAGCUAUUGGGUAUAUUUGUACAUGAGUGCAAAUAAGUCUAUGCCUGUUUAAAAGAAAAGAUGGACACUAUUUUAAAGUGAGCUUUAACAGGCUUUUCUAUAAACAAAUUUGAAGUACAGUUUAGUUUGGUUGUGUUUACCUAACAAGUAUCAUAAGCCUUGUAUUUGUCUCAUUUGUAUAAUCGUAGCCCAUGACUUAAAGUUGACGCUUUGCUUUGUCUUUUGGAUGGCCUAACCUACAUUAACAUGUAUGCAGAACAUUUUACAACUUUUUUUUCAAAAAUCAUAAUGAAUUACUUUAUUAAUAAACAAAGAGAAGGUAUUGUA